AUGUCUGCACAGUUGCAUGGCUUGGAAGAACUCAUCCUAUUUAAGCUCCAAAUAUCUCCUCCGUUGUCUGCAGAAACAAUAUUUUUUUCUUUCAAAAUGAGUCCUUUUACCUUCAAAAGCCUCACAUUAGUACUUCUAGUGUCCUUAUUGAUCUGGUCUGCGACGUUCGGGACUUGCAAUGCUAGAAGAGGCAAGCACUGGAGGCAGAGCAGAAGAUUUAGAACUUCAAUGUACAAGAAAAAAGAAAAAAAUCAUGGCAGCAAUCAUCAACACAACCAUGGCAGCAGAUCAAAACCGAAAAUUUCACCUCCUGCGACUCCAGGGCCUCCAAAGACCGGUCACAAUUCAGCUGUCAUAUUUGAUGUAUUACAUUUUGGUGCCAAAGGGGAUGGGAAAACAGAUGACACAAAGGCAUUUCAAGCUGCAUGGGCUGCUGCUUGUAAAGUUGAGGCUUCCACCAUCAUUAUCCCAUCUAAGUACGAGUUCCUUGUGGGGCCCAUCUCAUUCUCUGGUCCUUAUUGUCAACAUAACAUUGUUUUCCAGCUUGAUGGUACAAUAUUAGCUCCAACAAACUUCAAGCCUUUUGGCUCUGGUCUUUAUCAAUGGCUUGAAUUUACGAAACUAGUAGGAAUCACAGUUCAGGGGAAGGGCUUUAUUGAUGGCAGAGGAGCGAUUUGGUGGCAAGACUACUCAUCAAAUGAUCCUCUAGAUGGCGAAGUUGAACUAAUUGUUCCAUUGAACAACUCAGUUGCAGAGAAUCUACAAACUCCUGUAAGCAGCUCACUUGUUGGGAAGAUGCCAAACAUCAAGCCAACUGCACUGAGGUUUUACGGGAGUUUUAAUGUGACAGUCACUGGAAUAACAAUUCGAAACAGCCCCCAGUGCCAUCUCAAGUUUGACAAUUGUGUGGGAGUUUCAGUGUACAGCAUGAACGUUUUGUCUCCAGCAGAUAGCCCUAAUACUGAUGGAAUUCACUUACAGAACUCAAGAGAAGUGGUAAUCCACAAUACAAACCUUGCUUGCGGAGAUGACUGUAUCUCAAUACAGACUGGAUGUUCAAAUGUAUAUAUUCACAAUGUCAAUUGCGGACCAGGACAUGGGAUCAGCAUAGGAGGGUUAGGAAAAGAUAACACAAAAGCAUGUGUGGCAAACAUUACUGUUAGAGACGUCAACAUGCAUAACACAAUGAAUGGUGUAAGAAUAAAGACCUGGCAGGGUGGUUCGGGUUCUGUGCAAGGAGUAUUAUUCUCAAAUAUUCAAGUUUCCGAAGUCCAAGUUCCAAUCAUAAUUGACCAAUUCUACUGCGACAAAAGCAAGUGCAAGAACCAAACAACUGCUGUGGCUUUAUCAGGAAUCACAUAUGAAAGGAUAAGAGGAACAUAUACAGUAAAACCUGUGCACUUUGCCUGCAGUGACAGCCUUCCGUGUACAGAGGUUACCUUAAACACCAUAGAACUAAAACCUCUGCAAGAACGCUACCACAUGUAUGAUCCGUUCUGCUGGCGUACAUUUGGAGAAUUGUACUCCGAGACAGUACCUCCAAUAGAUUGCUUAAAGAACGGCAAGCCACUGAAAAACCAGAUUCAGACUUAUCAUGAUGUCUGUUAAAUCUUCACUACUAUAGAAUAUAUAUGGUCUUUUUUUCCUUGCUAGGUAGUAAACAUAUAAACACAGUAGCCAAGAGACUGAUAAGGAGUGUUGCUUGUAAAUUGUAAGAGAGCAUGUCUGUAA